AAAACAAGCUCUGUUUGUUUUAUUAUUUUUGAUACCAUAGUCUUUAUAAUUAUAAUAAUAUCAGAAACAUAUUCAUCUCUACACCUCUAUGUAUAUUAUGAAAACUAUUAACGGUGAUUUUAAGAUGUGUUCCUGUAAAAAAAGUACGAAUCAAGUGUGACGCGGAUCAAAUAGAAUGCCGACAAGAUGAAGCUUUUAUCGCUGCUAUUUACGAUUAUCACGACUUUUUACGUCCCGCUUGUCUUCGCUCAAAAUGAAAAUUGUACGAGGCCUAAUUAUCGGUGUGACUACGAGUUAUCGGUGGAAAAACUUUCUGAGACUUUGGGAAAAAAGUUUAAUGAGAUAGUCGCAACAGAACUCGGCAGUGAUUAUUCCACGCAUUUCGAAGUACGCACCGCUUCGAAAGUAAGCCGAAAUCAACCCUCAGAUAAUGACCUGCUUUUCACUAUAGCCAGUAAAAUAAGCUACAAGCUCACCUCUGCGGCUACAAUACUUAAAGAUAUGAGCAAAGCUAUUAACGGCAACAAUACUCCGUCCUUCACGUAUCCCUGUCCAUUCAACUCUAUACGUAAGUCAGUGUUUAUUAAAAAUGUUGAAUUAUUUGAAAAUAUGCCUUUGGACCCUAAGUCUCAAAUGUUGGAGCGUUUCAAGGAUUUAAAAGUAAAACGACAGUAUUACCUUUCACAUAUUGACUAUGCAACAGAUAAAGACUGUGUUACAAUGCCACACUCUAAUUUGAGAUAUCUUUAUCACAAGGUUGUGCACCCAGCUUCAAAAUUUGUUGUAUUUAUUAUUGAUAAUAACAUGAGCUCAGGAUCAUUGCAGCAUGCAGUAAGAGUAGCUCGAGAGAUGGCCUAUGCUCUACAAAGCACUGAUGUUAUUGCAUUGAAGGUGACCAAUACUACUGGAUUUCUGAAAUUUGAUGACACAUGCAGUAAAGAAGGUGUAUCCAGCCUAGGCAAUGCUACAGAUAACAACAAACUGCUAUUACGGGAGUACUUUUCAUUGCUGGACAUUGCACCUUCAAAUGUUUCCCCUCUGACUAUAAAUAAAGAACUAAAAGCUCUACUCGCUGAGAAAUCAUUACCUACCAACAAGCUGUUCGUAUUUAUGACAGAUACUAAGAUUUUAAAGAAUGAAACAUGGCUGAAAGUCUUUCCUUAUUCAACAAAUGACGAUAACAUGAAGUUUGCCAUUGGUCUGAUAUAUGAAAAUGAUGCAGCUAGAAACAGUUCUUUGGGAAUAUUUCACAUGGAUAAGUGGCACAAUCACUCCAGCAACCACUCUGUGCUUAGGUUGCACAUAAACAACAGUGGGGUGGUGGGGCAAGUGGCAUCAGCAUUUAUUUCACUAUUACCUGAUACAUAUCAAAACAAUUUAAUAAUAACUGAAGGCCCACUCUGGGAAGCAACAGAUAGAGACUUUAUGGUGUCCUUGAUGCUGCCUAUAUCUUCUGGGAUUCUAGGAUUAGAUUUAUAUUGGUCUGAUCUUGCUGAGGACAUUAUAUACUUUAAGGAUUUAAAUUUAAAAAAGAGAGCAUUUGUGAUGGAUUUCUCAGGUAAAGUGCUUAUGCACUCAUAUUUUCCAAGACCUGAGACAGCUUCUGAAAAAAUCAAAUUCACUCACUUGGAAAGUGUUGAGGCUUAUGACUUCAUUCACAGUGUAAAACAAGAAAUGGUAUCCAAGAGUUCUGGUAACUUCACAGUGACCGAUCAGAGUUCUAGUAAUUCCAUUGUUUAUUCUUGGAGAUGGGUUGAAAAGUUGUAUAUUGUUUGUAUAGUUUCAGAAACAGUAGGAAAAAGUUUUUUAAACAAGACUAACAUUUCCCUUGCUAGAAGCAACAAAGAAAUAUUAUUUCAUAGAUUAGAUUUGUUUCCUCCAAAAAAUGGCAAAAUUUGUCGUCAUUUCAAACAAAUAGCCACAAUUGAUCAAGGUACAGUUUAUUUGAGUCCUUCUAGCUUUCAGUCGCCAUUCACUUACUUAUAUGAUAUGGGGAAUGGCCAUGAAGCAGUUAUGUAUAUGCAAAACUAUUUGGCAUAUUUGAAAAGUGUUGCUCAUGGAUUGCUCUCUAAUCCGGGAUUGAAAAAUGAAAUUCAACAAGAUGUGGGAUUUCUUAAUUCUCUUUUGACUUUUUAUAAAAAUCAGCAUUUGCAUGGAACCUACUCCAAAUACAUAGUUAGAAGGUAUGCAGUAACUGAAAGUGGUGUACUUGUCAUGUAUCCUGGCACAGUUUUAGAAUAUGACUAUGAACCUGUUCGAAGACCCUGGUAUACAUAUGCCUUAGAAAAUCCAGAUAAAAUUGUUCUUACUCCUCCAAAUUUAGAUGUGGGUGGUGCAGGAUAUGUGGUGUCAAUUUCUUAUGCUUUAAAAAGUCCUCUUCAUCCCACUAUGGUAGUCUCUAUGGAUGUCACCAUGGGCUUCCUUUAUAAACUGCUAAUUGAUAGCAUGCCUUUAUGUGAAAAGGCACAUAUUAAAUGCUUCAUUAUGAAUAACAGAGGCUACCUAGUUUCUCAUCCAGGCUUAAUGGAUCCUAACAGUUCCGGCCCUAUUGAACAGCAGCAUAUCACCCAUAAAGAGUCUAUGAUCGCAACAGACAUGCUUAAUCACAAAGGAUUUGUCACAAAAAGACUAUGCAGUAAUUUCUAUGACAAGACUAUACAAAGAUUUUACGAAUUUAAUACUUCUCUCCCAAAUAUUCUUUCCAAUGCAGUGUCUGGAGACCACUGUGUUCAUUACUACAUUGCAGCCAUUCCUGGUACGAAUGCCUUUAUAGGUCUUGUAAACGCGUCUUGCGUUGCAGCCUCUUUUUGUCCCUGCAGUAUGGUGGACAGGCUCUGUCUUAACUGCAAUCGGAUGGAACAGACAGACUGUGAGUGCCCUUGUGAAUGCACUUCUGAAAUUUACGAGUGUCCAAACACUAAUUUUACUAAGAUCAAUCAGGAGAUUCCCUUAUGCGGAAUGAUGCCAGAAAAUAAUAACCAUAAAUCGCAUUAUUUUCACAAUUUUGCUGAAACUUUGCAGGCCUGUUUCGAUUUUCAAUGUGAAACUUACUCAACGCGUUCAUCUUGCUUGGGUAUAUUAGGUUGUGAGUGGUGUCAGGUUGAUACAGAUGGCCAUUCCCAACUUUCGACGCCAUAUUGCACUUCUCAGUCUACGUGCUUUAAUGGAGUUCUUGGUGCCGUUACUCCGUAUGGCGAGGGCACCUUAGGUCACGUUAGUAGAGACGUGACAGGAAACUAUUUAGGUCCGAUUGCAGGUUGUAUUGUUACUAUUAGUCUAGUAAUAGCCGUUGCCAUAUAUUGCUAUAGGCAAAAUGUUACGACGGCCAGUUGCCAUAAUUUAUAUGUAGAUGGUCCUGCCGAAACUUGGCCUGAUGCAGACGUACAAAUGAGCCAUUUACAGUCUGAUGACACCCAUGAUCUUUCUGGGCAAGAUAAACUAUUGCCAGCCAUGGAAAUAGAAGCCCCCAUUUCGCCAUACAGGGUAGUGACCGGUUACAGACGCUCCCACACGGCUGGAGGCUCAGAUCACGGGUAUUCUACGAUGACCCCGCAUGAGGACUCUGAAGCGACCGGAUUUUCGGUCAAUGAUCCAAUAAUUCUGUCAGAUGACACAAAAUCAGAUAUAAGCUGCCCACUUCCAGCUAAGAUUAAGCCCAGAUUAAAAGCUGGCGAUCUUAGCGUGACUGUUCUUCCCUGUGGCAAAAAUAGUGUAAUAGCUCCUGUGACUGUUCAUAGACAUAUGGAAGCCUCGUAAUACGUUAAUUAUUCAUAAUCUACCUCUGUUGUACAUAGCAUUAAUGUUAAUGUGGUCAAGCAGCUUAAUUUUUUUAUUAAAUGUGAUAUAUUAUACAUACUUGCUAAUGUUAGUGAAUUUGGGUAAUGAUUUUAGUAUCAGAAUUUUGGUUACUACAUAAUGGUGCUCUUCCUUGAUUUCUGUACUGUAAUAAUGUACUUAUUUUUUAUACAUUGUUUUGUGAAGC